CAAUAUGAAACCACAUAGUAAUACCAUUUGGGGGAACACUAUUAAUGUUAUUGCCAGAUUAAAUGAGAUCAAUUAUGAGGGAGUAAGUGUAAAAGAUAUCAACAGUUUUCUGAUAGGAACAUUUUUGCAGAGAGGGUCCGCGUAGAUCGGGACCGACCAUCACCACUAUCGUGCCAAUAAUAAACCAAUACGAGGCAGCACACCUGUCUCGUGAGACGAGGAGGAGGAAGUGGGGUCAGGCAUCACGUGAUCGUCUCAGCUCCACACAGGAAGUCUGCUGGCCGAUUCAACAUGGCCGCCGUGUGCGAAUAGAGCAGGAUCGCGAGUGGCGAGAUGAUCUAGUCGGCGUUCUGCGUCUACAGGACAGUUGACUCGGUUCGGUGAGCUAGCCGCGGUGGACACCGGUCCGACAUGGCCCAAUGCGUGCAGUCCGUGCAGGAGUUGGUCCAGGACUCGUUUGUUCCGAUGGUGGCCGUCUUAUGCAGCGAGGAAGCGGAGAGAGUGACUCGCAAGAACAACCUGAAUUUCGCUGAGCUGCUGCGGCCUUUCUGCAGACUGACGUCCGAAGGUCACAUCCGGGACCCCAGUAACCAGGUGCAGCUUGUGAAAAACCUGCGCAUUUGUGUCAACAAUGUAGUGACAAGUCCAAACCCGGCGUGUGCUGCCUUCAGCCCCGCUCAGCGCCGCCUGCUCAAUGAGGUGGUGUCGUCCUGCCAGCCCCAGGAGGGCGCGGCGACCAACGUCAUCACGGCCGGCGACUACGACCUCAACUUCAGUGAUCACUGUGUUAAAGCUAGCGUCCCGUGGUACAGUGCCUGGAGACAAACCCUGUCUGAAGUCAGCACCUCCAAGCACUACACAGCCACCACGCCCUGGUUUGAAGCCUACAGGGAGAACUUCCUGCAGACGAUGGCCGCCUCCGAACACGAGUUCCUCAACCACUACCUCGCCUGCCUGCUGGUGGUGUCCUCCACCGAGACAGUCCCUGUGGAGCAGUUCCUCAAGCUCUCCCAGGAGCAGCACAGGAUCCAGCACAGCGGCGACUACACCAACCCCAAGUGGUUCAUCCCCAACACGCUCAAGUACUACGUCCUGCUGCACGACAUGGGCGAGGGCGGCGAGCAGAGGGCGGACGCCGUGUACGAGGAUAUGAAACAGCGGUACGGUCACCAGGGCUGCUACCUGCUGAAAGUCAACUCUCGUAGCUCCUCUGCUGAAGACGAUGAACAGAUGCCGGACCCCUGGAGUCAGUACCUGCACAGGAGCAACAUGCAGAACCAGGAGGAUGAAGAUGCAGCUGUGAGCAGUGGUCCUGCUGAGAACAACACCAGUGCAGCUGAAGUGGACAAGCAUCACGCGACAGAGAAAGACGGAGCCUCCACCGGCCUGGAAGGUCACCCUCUGCAGCUGGACACAGCGAGCAGCCCGGGCAGCCUGCACGCGCUCAGCGCCGAGCAACCUGAGCUGAAGAAAGGAGGCAGGGAUCCAGAGAGCCUGGUGGGGGCAGCAGGGAGCCACGGGGCCUGUCUGACGCUGAAUGACCACGACCACAUCAGGCAGUUCAUCCAGGAGUUCACCUUCAGAGGCCUGCUGCCGCACAUAGAGAAGAACAUCCGCCAGCUGAACGACCAGCUGGUCUCCAGGAAAGGUCUGAGUCGCUCUCUGUUCACGGCCACCAAGAAGUGGUUCGGAGGAGGGAAAGUUCCAGAGAAGGGCGUCAGUGAACCAAAGAGCACAUGUGGCCUCCUGUACCCCCCAGAAGCCCCUGAGCUGCAGAUCAGGAAGAUGGCUGACCUGUGCUUCCUGGUCCAGCACUACGAGCUGGCCUAUAGCUGUUACCACACGGCCAAGAAAGACUUCCUGUCGGACCAGGCCAUGCUGUAUGCCGCAGGAGCCCUGGAGAUGGCUGCGGUGUCCGCCUUUCUGCAGGCUGGAGCCCCCAGACCGUACCCCACCCACUACAUGGACACCGCCAUACAGACGUACAGAGACGUCUGCAAGAACAUGGUGCUGGCUGAGCGCUGUGCAUUGCUCAGUGCUGAGAUACUCAAGAGUCAGGCCAAGUACUCCGAGGCUGCAACGCUCCUCAUUAAGAUGACCAGCGAGGACUCUGACCUGCGCAGUGCUCUGCUGCUGGAACAAGCUGCCCACUGCUUCAUUAAUAUGCGCAAUCCUAUGGUGCGCAAGUUUGCCUUCCACAUGAUCCUGGCCGGUCAUCGUUUCAGCAAAGCCGGACAGAGGAGGCACGCGCUGCGCUGUUACUGCCAGGCCAUGCAGGUGUACAAGCAGCGGGGCUGGUCCCUGGCGGAGGACCACAUCAACUUCACUAUCGGCCGUCAGUCCUUCACACUCAGCCAACCAGAGAACGCUGUGACCGCCUUCAGACAGAUCCUGACCAAUGACAGCAGGCAGACGGCCACACAGCAGGGCGCCUUCCUCAGAGAGUACCUCUACGUCUAUAAGAGUGUUGUAGGGGGAAAUGAAGACCGCCUCCCCCAGCUGCCUCUGCCCUGCAUCCACAGCUCAGCCACACGAGUGUACUUUGGACACGAGCGGCGCCUUGCAGAAGGCGAAAAGCAGGCGGCCACUCACGUGUCUCUGGACCAGGAGUACGACCAGGACCUGGCAGCCAUGUGGGGCCACCUGGAGGAGCAGCUGGUGGCUGCUGCCAACAGGGGGAUUGUCCCAGCGAGCUUCCAGCCCACCCAGUGCUGCUUGAACAGCCAGACAGACAACCUGCGCCGCCCGCUGGCUGUGGCCGAGGAGCCAAUUAUAGUGGAGGUGACGUUCAGGAACCCUCUGAAGGUUCCUCUGGCUCUGUCCAACCUCAAACUCCUCUGGAAGUUCACUGCCGAGGGGGCGAGUCCCUCCGAGGAGACGGCAGGAGAAGCCAUCACCAACGAGGAGAGCCUGACUGAAGGGAUGCCACAGACGGACACCGUCGUCACCACACAGAUCAUCCUGGAGUUCCUUAUGGGUCCAGAAGAGACCAAAAUGGCGCGACUCCAGCUGCUGCCACGCAGAACGGGCCAGCUGAGCAUUGUGGGCGUGGUCUACAACCUGGCUGCAGCCCCCUGUGCAGAGACGGCCCCCAGCUCUGAAGGCCAGCAGGCCGUGGAUUUCAUGCUGGUCCGGGGCAGACAGGACCUUAAGAUCCAGGGCCCACGACUGAACCAGACCAAAGAGGACAAGAUGUUGGUUCGACACGGUCUGGAUCGGCGGCUGGACCCCAUCAUAACUCCACCCAUGCCCCUGAUGGAGGUCUUCUUCCUGCAGUUCCCCACGGCGCUGCUGUGUGGUGAGAUCAGGAAGGCCUACGUGGAGUUCUGUAAUGUCAGCGCAGUCGCUCUGUGCGGCCUUCGGGUGGCCUCCACGCACCCAGACUUCUUCACGUUUGGCAGCCAGGGCACGACCCCCCUCACACCCGUAAGCCCCACCUCAGCGGAGAACUGCUCGGCCUAUAAGACCGUGACCCGGCCGCCGGGCUCGGUGGCGUCGGAGAUGCUGGUGUCCGCGGGGGAUUUCAGUCAGCCGUCCGGCGUGAUGGACAUUCCCAUAGAUGGCGGCACGCUGCUACCAGGGGAGUCCACCCAGCUGCCUCUGUGGCUCCGAGGACCCGACCACGAGGGAGUCCACGAGAUCAACUUCCUCUUCUACUAUCAGAGCACCGAGAAAGGAACGCAAAUCAGCCACCGCGUGUUGCGUCACACGGUGUUCAUCUGUGCCAGCCGCUCCCUGAGCGUCCAGGCGUCGGCCUGCCGCAGCAGCGUGCCGCCACACCACCGGCUGGACGACGGCGGCGGCGGAACGCUGGUCUUCGUGGAUGUCGAGAACAUCAACACGAGCGAAGGCGGUGUGCGCGAGUUCCACAUCGUCCAGGUGUCCAGCAGCAGUCAGCGCUGGCGCCUCCACAGGCGCAUCAACCCGGCCAGUGACCGAGACUGUAAGCUCACCAGCAGGGAACGAGCCAAGCUGUGUUUCAGAGCCACGCGAUGCCGCCCCCCCCCAGCGGCCUCGGAUGCUGCAGAGAAAUACACGUUUGCAGACGUGAACCUGGGAAAUGAGCGGAUCAUCAGCUCCUCCACCCCCUGUGGAGACUUCUUCUUCCGUGGCUGUCGGAGCCCGGAGUCUCACAGAGUGGGAGGGACAGCGUCCAGGACGUCGUCCAGCAGCCGGAUUCAGGAGGGCCGAGCCGCUGACAUCAGCAGCAUCGUCAAGAAGUGCAACGAGCUGGACCUCCACAUAAUCGUCAUCUGGAAGGCCUAUGUGGUGGAGGACAACAAGCAGCUGAUCCUGGAGGGACAGCUCCAUGUGGCGCUGCAGACCCUUGGCAAGGAGGUGACUUCACUGACUCCCAAAGAGGAAGCUCAGGAGAUGGUGCUCCUGAAGUUUAAACCAGAAGCUCCUGCUCCAGUGGCCCCGCCCUCUGCAGAGCUGUCCCAGCUCAUCAAAACCAACCUGCACUACCCCGAGACCCACAGCCACCCGUUUGUCCAGGAGAGUCUGUGCGUGGUGCCCGUCACGCUCACGCUGUCCAACUGCUCCUCGGCGCCGGUGGACGUCCUCAUUGACCUCAGGCACAAAAGCCCCAGCCCAGAGUCUGUGGAGGUCCACGGCUCGUUCACCUGGGUGGGUCGGACCCAGUACAAGCUGCAGCUGGAGCCUCAGCAGGUGCUGUGCGUGACCCUGAGAGCCUGUUUCCUCCAAGCAGGGGUCUACAACCUCAACACGCCGCGAGUGUUCGCCAAGCCGACGCAGCAGGCCGCCGUUUGUGAGACUAGUCAGCAGGCGGCGAGUCCCGCCCUCAUCAUCAUCAACAACGCCUGAGUGGAGCCGCGGGCGCAACGCACACACCACCACUGGACCGCAGGACAGAUGUUUGUACCAAUUACUGAGAUAGAAACUGAUUGUUUUAGUUCCAUCGUUCACCCGCAUGUUACUUCCUUUGUGCGAGUCCUUCUGAUCAACACACAGGUGACCCCGCCCACCUCAAGGUGUGUGCGUCACAUAAAGGGGCGGAGUCACAUGAGAAUCCUUAAUGGACCGAAGCUGAACUUAAAUUCUUUUAACAAGAGCUGUUUACAUCCUGACUAUUGUACACAAACCGCCCCCAUGUGAUUUUUAUACGAGUGCAUUGUCAGUUCAUCAGGCCACCAUGUGUUAGCCUGUCCAAUCAGCGAAUUUAACCUAUCGUAAUCAAGCUCUUGUAUGCAUCGACUUGACAGCUUUUCUGAAAAUGGUGUAUUAUAUUUAUAUAACAAAUUGGCUGUAAAUAGGGAAUAAAGAUGUAACUAAUGA